AUGUCCACUAUCUUAUCUACACAAACACGAAACAUGCUAGCUAGAUCUGCUUUCAAGCAAUGCUCUUCCAAGUAUACUUUACAAUUGGUAGCUAAUCGUUUAUACUCAAAUGCUUCUGAAAAGACUUUAAAGGAAACUUUUGCAGAAAUCAUUCCAGCUAAAGCUGAAGAAAUCAAAGCUUUCAAGAAACAAUACGGUAAGACUGUCAUUGAUGAAGUUCGUUUGGAACAAGCCUAUGGUGGUAUGAGAGGUAUCAAGGGUAUUGUUUGGGAAGGUUCUGUUUUGGACCCAGAAGAAGGUAUCAGAUUCAGAGGCCGUACAAUCCCAGAUAUCCAAAAGCAAUUGCCAAAGGCUCCAGGUGGUGAUGAACCAUUACCAGAAGCUUUAUUCUGGUUGUUAUUAACUGGUGAGGUCCCAACCGAAUCUCAAGUCAAAGCUUUAUCUGCCGAUUUGGCUUCUAGAUCCAAGUUGCCAGACCAUGUCACCAAUCUAUUGGAUAACUUCCCUAAGGAACUACAUCCAAUGGCCCAAUUCUCUGCUGCUGUCACUUCUUUGGAAACUGAAUCCAAAUUCGCCAAAGCUUAUGCUGAAGGUGUCACCAAGACUGAAUAUUGGAAGUACACUUUUGAAGAUUCCUUGGAUCUAUUGGGUAAAUUGCCUGUCAUUGCUUCCAAGAUUUACCGUAACGUCUUCAAGAACGGUAAGAUUAAUCAAAUCGAUGCCAAUGCCGAUUACGGUAAGAAUUUCGCCAAUUUAUUAGGUUAUGAAAAUAAUGAAUUUGUCGAAUUAAUGAGAUUGUACUUGACCAUCCAUUCUGAUCAUGAAGGUGGUAAUGUCUCUGCUCACACUACUCAUUUAGUCGGUUCUGCUCUAUCUUCUCCAUUCCUAUCCUUCUCUGCUGGUUUGAAUGGGUUAGCUGGUCCUCUACAUGGUCGUGCCAAUCAAGAAGUUCUUGAAUGGUUAUUCAAAUUAAGAGAAGAAGUCAAAGGUGAUUAUUCCAAGGAAACCAUUGAAAAAUACUUGUGGGAUACUUUGAACUCUGGUAGAGUUGUCCCAGGUUAUGGUCAUGCUGUUUUGAGAAAGACCGAUCCACGUUACAUCGCUCAACGUGAAUUCGCUUUGAAACAUUUCCCAGACUACGAAUUGUUCAAGUUAGUCUCUACCAUCUACCAAGUAGCUCCAAAGGUAUUAACUGAACACGGUAAGACCAAGAACCCAUGGCCAAAUGUAGACUCCCACUCUGGUGUAUUAUUACAAUAUUACGGUAUGACUGAAGCCUCCUUCUACACUGUCUUAUUCGGUGUUGCAAGAGCCUUUGGUGUAUUACCACAAUUGAUCAUCGACAGAGCUGUCGGUGCUCCAAUUGAAAGACCAAAAUCUUUCUCUACUGAAAAAUACAAGGAAUUGAUCCAAAAUAUUACUUCCAAAAAUUAA